UUAUCACGAAAUUCAACAAUUCACAAGCACAAAUUAAAACAGCUAUAACUUACAAGCACCUAACAUACGUACGGAUGACUAGCCACUUCUUAUUAAAAAUUUUACAACAUAUACAGUUAACGUAGGGAGGGAUAUGAAUCAUUGCACGCACGCCAUCCACUUCACAGCAUUGCAACUAACAAUUUCCAAGCGAGUAUACUUUUCAACUUUUCUAAAACAAGUUCUACCAACUAAACGAAUCGAUCGGUAGAACAAGUACCUAAAAAACACGCGCAAGCGUUGCGCUGCUCCAUGCAUCUCCCACUGACGCGCGGCUGCAUUCUAAUAACAACUUCACUCCGCGAUGUCGAACGAAGCAGUGAUCAUAGAAGCUGACAGCAGCAGCGACUACUGUCUUCAAUUAAAUCGAUGGUUCUUGAAACCGAUCGGUGCAUGGCCAUCGUCUCCAUCCACCACAAGACUGGAGAAGAUCGUUUCAUUUAUUUUAAACAUCGUUUGCUUCGUCUCCGUAAUCAUCACUGCGAUUCCCAGUGUAUUGCUACUCAUUCUAGAAGACGAGAGCAUUAACUUGAAAUUGAAAACCCUAGAUUUCUUGAGUCAUUUGUUCGUCAGCAGCUUUAAUUAUAGUACCUUGUUAUUACACAGCAAAGACAUACGACAAUGCGUAGAACACAUAGAGGCUGACUGGCGAUCAGUGACUAGGGAGGAGGAUCAACACGUAAUGAUGAAAAACGGAAAAUUCGGUCGCUAUGUAGCUGCUUCGUGCGCUAUUUUCAUGCAGGGUGGCAUUUUGUGCUUUUGUUUCGUGACAGCGUUAACUACGGUCGAGAUUCAGAUUGGAAACGAGACAAGAGUCUUACGCUUGCUGCCUUGUGCAGUAUACAAGAAGUUGGUGAACGUCGAUGAAAGUCCGGCAAACGAAAUCAUGCUUUCCCUGCAAAUUUGGUCUGCUCUUAUCGCGAACUCCAGUACAGUUGGAAUUUUUAGUCUCGCAGCUGUACUAGCUGCUCACGCGUGUGGUCAACUGGACGUGAUUAUGGCGUGGAUUACCGAAUUUGUUAAGGAAACAAGAAAACAGAAGGGAACUAGCAGUUUUCAGGAAAUUGGAGUAAUCGUGGAGCGACACCUGAGGACGUUGAAUUUCAUAUCGUGUAUCGAGGUUGUGAUGAACAAAAUAUAUUUAUUGGAGAUGUUGCGAUGUACGAUGAACAUAUGUCUAAUUGCCUACUACAUUCUAACGGAAUGGGAUGAGCAUGAUAUUCGAAAUUUGACAUCGUAUUUUAUGAUGUUCGUUUCAAUCUGUUUUAACAUUUUCGUAAUAUGUUACAUCGGUGAAAUAUUAACGGAACAGAGCAAGAAAAUUGGUGAUGCCGUUUACUUGACAAACUGGUAUUAUUUACCCAAUAAAGAAAUCCGCAACUUAAUUUUGAUCAUCGUGCGAUCGACUAUGGUCGUUCAACUGACUGCAGGGAAAAUGAUUCAAAUGACAAUUAGUACGUUUGGCAAUGUGGUAAAGACAGGUUUCGCAUAUUUGAAUCUAUUGCAGCAAAUAAUGUAAUAAAAUGGUAUCUCGGAAAAAUGUUAUUGGGGGAGUUAAAGCAUAAUAAUAAUUAGGCGGUUGAAAUAAUCUUAUAAUCAAUUUUGUAAACUCUAAUAAAUGGUUGACAGUAUAAUACGUCUACGUAAGACCAAGCAAACGUACAAAGUAAAAAAUCUAUCGGAC